GCGGGGGGGGUGUGGGGGUGGGGGGGGAGGGGAGUGGUGGGGUGGUGGGAAGUGGCAAAGCCGAGUUGGGCUGGGAGAUCCGCUACUGUGAUUGCUUCUAUCAGAAUGGCUCCGUGGAGAGUUUCCAGUUUGAGAAGCUGGGCCAGGUCCGGAAGCCGACGGUCAAGAAGGAUGGACGGUUUCCUGUCGACUGCGGAAUUGAUUUCUCCGAAAGGCAGUGUGACAGACGGACAAACAGUAACUCCCAGGAUGGUGAGCAGCACUCCAAGAGCGGAUCUCUCUGAAACUCGGUCCAGGGGCGCUGAGGGUGAAGGGUGCAUCCAAUCCAAUCCUGCAGUGGUGAAAAGUUCAUCUGCUGAAGGAGCGAUGUGCUGUGCGUCUCAUGGCACUGCUGAUGCUGGCAAUGCUUCUGCAUCUACGUGGACAAACCAGGAAGGAAAAUCACGUGCCAGGUGGAAGGUGGUGCUUCUUCGGCUUGCUAUCAUAGCAAUGAUUGUAGCAGGGAGUGCGGUGCUGUCCUUCAUCACAUGGUACAUCGUACAAGGUCACUUUCGGAAGGCUCUUAGCUAUGUCGGAUGGAUGUUGCGGCAGUCGCACCUCGUAAGGACAGUAGAGAAGUUGAAUCUGAUUGUGCAAGAUACGUUCACUAUUAAUGCAAUGUUUUCAGAAUCUUUGGAAUUCCUUCCACCGGGUGAAUUCAGAGACAGCAGCUUGUUGCCAGGGGUGCAAAAGAUGACCUUCGUCCAGUUGCAUGAGUUGGAGACAGUUUCGGCAAUGGGACUUCUCUUUCUUGAUGGAUCAUUUUUUUCAUAUAUGCGUGGUCGCGAUCCCACGCAGCCCUUCACAAUGGUGUUUUCUGGCAAAUAUAAUGGGUCAGACAUCAGUAACGGCGCCUCGCCCGAGACAGCAUCGUCGUACUACGUGCAGCCUGUUGAUAUGAGCACAGGGCGUCCAGACGAGAACCACCCGGCACAGGUUAUGGGAUCGACUGCACAAGUCACGUUAACGCCGGACAGUAUCCGAAAUGGAACCAGAAUGAGCUGGAAGCUUUCAGCGGGUUUCAAGGGCGGUCCAUAUCUGACAUCUCUGAGGAGAAGUGUGGACCCUCGCAAUCGCAACUCGAGGGCAUUUGCAUCGGUGACAACCUCGAUGGAGACUAUGAGCGGAUUCAUGCAUAUGCAGGUGCCACCUAACGGUUAUAUGUUCAUCACUGAUAAGGUAUUGCAUUUGUGAAAAAGUGAUGGUGGACUUGGCAGUAGCUUGCUGUUAGAUAGAAGGAACCCAUUCCCUUUUUUUCUGUUGUUUCUCUUUCUCCCUCCACACUUUUUGUGAAGGCCAAAUAGGUUCCUGGAUCUGCAAUUUGUGAAACGACCAUCUCUGACUCCAUGACGGAUGUGUUAAAUAUGCAGCGCAUAGUAAAGUGCAUUUGUGAAA